AUGGACAAGCCCCUGCUUUUGGGACUCUCCAUCCUGCUUGGCUGCGUUAGGAGUGAGUCUCUGGGGUUGGCGGUUGGUGUGCUUCCAGGCACAGGCCCCAAGAAGGUGAAGGGAAAUGAAAGGAAGGAGGAGAUGCAGAGAUGCCUGGAGGCAGCGGCAAAUGCCCAUAAUUCCUGGGUCUCUGUGAAAGCCUUCUGGACUCCAAGCCGACUUCAGAUCCGAACGGGGAGGUGGGCUUUCUCGUGGCAGCAGGAGAUCGCUUCUCACUUCGGUUCCUGGUUUCUUGGCCCGAUGACAGACCUCGUUCAGUGUAGAAUGUGCCACCUGCAGUUUCCAGGAGAAAGGUGUUCCAGAGGCAGAGGAGUGUGCACUGCUACAGAAGAUGAGGGUUGCGUGACUGGGAGGAUUUUCAAGAAAGAUGGGACUCUGUGGUUAACCUUCAUGGGCUGCCUGAAAAACUGUGCUAAUGUGGACAAAAUAAAAUGGAGUGUCUACUUGGUGACGUUCAGGUGCUGCAGGGUCUCUGACUUUUGCAAUGAAACCCUGUAG